AUGUGUCUGGAGGAGGGUGGGGUAAGUCUGGGCCCCGCCAUACUCAUCAAUGGGGGUGCGGACUCACUAGCUAGCUUUCAGUUCAUGCUCAGCUUGAGGAGAGAGCAAGGUGGCAUGGAGUCCUGAAAUACAGAGCACUGUAACAGUGGCCGCCAUCCUCUUCCUCUGUGCAAAGGUGGACUACGGGAACCAAGCCAGGAAGCAGAGUCAGCCUCAGCUGCCCAGAAAAGUUUCGUCUUGUAGGUUUGGCCCACCAUUCCAGCCUGAUUUGGGAUCCUGCUUCUGCCACCCAGCGUGCUCGCUACCCCCGCCAGCCUCGAGUACCCUGAGUCAUUGCCUAGAAGACAGGAUGCUUUGCACUGCAGUUUCCUCAUCUGGAGGCGAGGGUGUUGGCGUAAGGGACCUCUGAGAUUCCUUUCGGUUCUGGAGCUACGGUUCUAUGACUAAACAAUUCUGCGAGAUGACCCUGGGGGUCCUGGGUGCUCAGCAUCUGUUUCUCUGCCGUGGAAAUUCACAUUUGCUAAGGAUGCACAGCAGAAAGGCAGCACCUGAGAGAAACCCAGAAGCUUCCCUUCUCCUGCUUUGUAGGACGGCCAGCUGGACCCCACGCGAGGCAUUCUCUCUGCUCUCAAAAUCCCUGCAAAAUCUCCCAUCCUCGGCCUGCUCACCGCCACAUCUGCCACACCCUCUCUGCUCAUGGCUGCCUCCCAGAAUCCUCCUCAACUCGGCUCGAGGAAGCCUUUCUGACGCCCCUGUCCCGGCCAUCCCCCUCCUUAGACUUACCAGGAUGCCUGCCUGUCCCCGAGCAGAGCGUCAGCCCCUCGAGAGCAGAGACAUCUGGCUGUUCAUCUUUGCCUCCCCAGCACCCGGGACAGGGCCCUGCACACGGCCUCAACGACCGGCAUCUAUCUGUAUCCCUGCCCUGUUCCUGGGGCGCCAGGGCCGCGGCAUCUACCGGGGCAGUUUUACAUCAGAGGAAACAGAGGCUCAGCUACUUAGAGGACGAGGCCCAUGGGGAGCAGUGAUUUGGCCAAGGCCGCACAGAUAGCAAACCUGAGGAGCAGGACAACUGACUCCAAAUUCAGCUCUUUCCCCUGACCCAUCCUGCCUCUAAGUCUGCAUUUAGGAAUAUCAAUGUGGCAGCCUUAGGAGGAGUGGACUGGAGGCAGAGAGACUAAUGAGAAGGCUAUGCCACAGUUUAACCAAGAGGGGAGGGCCUCAGACACACGGAGUAAGGAUGUGGGAGAAGACGAUAAUUCCGAGAAUUUAGAAAGCACUUCUCUCUUAAAGUAGUUCACGUAAAUGAGCUCACUUAUCCCCAACAAAGGCCUCAAUGGAUUUAAUAGAGUUCACUUAUUAAGUGCCUACUGUAUGCGCAGCACUGUGCCAGGUGCUGGGGUUCUGAGAUAAUGAUGACGAAGCACGACCUGUGCUCAAGGAGCUUACAUUCUCCAGGAGGAUCCAGUAUGUAAACAGACAAAACAUUAGAAGGCCAGGAUGGAGGCCAUUGCCAAGUUUGAUUUCAACGCCUCCGGAGAGGACGAGCUAAGUUUUCACACGGGAGAUGUCCUGAAGAUUCUCAGCAGCCAAGACGAAUGGUUCAAAGCUGAGCUGAGGAGUCAAGAGGGCUACGUACCGAAAAAUUUCAUAGACAUUCGCUUCCCUAGCUGGUUUCACGAGGACAUCUCCCGGCAUGAAGCAGAGAGUUUGCUCAUGGGCAGGGACGUGGGCUUCUUCGUCAUCCGAGCCAGCCAGAGCUCGCCUGGGGAUUUCUCCAUAUCUGUCAGGCAUGAAGAGGAUGUCCAGCACUUCAAGGUCAUGAGAGAUGCCAAGGGCAACUACUUCCUGUGGACAGAGAAGUUUCAAUCUCUGAACCAGCUGGUGAAUUUCUACCGGACCUCCUCUAUCUCAAAGCAGAAGCAAAUCUACCUGAGGGACGGGAGCCGAGAAGACCAGGUGCAGCAGACACUGCCCCAGCAGCAGCUGGCUACCGUGAUGUCCCAGCAGCACCAGCAGCAGCCGCAACAGCGCUACCAGCAGCAUCAUCAGCUUCAGCCGGACCGUCGAGGAGGCAGCUUUGACAUCAGCGAUGGGCACCGGAUGAGCCCUGAGAUGAACCCGGCCCUCAUGCACCGGAGACACACGGACCCUGAGCAGCUGCAGAUGAUUGGGAGAGUGCGCUGGGCCCGAGCCCUGUACGACUUUGAGGCAGAGGAAGAGGAUGAGCUCGGCUUCUGCAUCGGCGAGGUGGUCGAGGUCCUGGACAGCUCCAACCCAUCCUGGUGGACCGGCAGGCUGCACAACAGACUCGGCCUCUUCCCAGCCAACUACGUGACCCCGCUCCUCCGCUGAAGCCAAGGCUCGGGGUUCAGAUGCUGACUCUUGCCCCAGUCAUCUCGGGUGGAAGCCAAGCCUCGGGGCCAGGGCCUGAGCCAGGCACCGAGGGCGGAAGGGGACAGGGACCGGAAUUCUGCAAAGGUCCUCGAUGCGCAUUUGCAAACACACACUGUGUUGUUACUGUAAUUUAUUGGUGAGGUGGAUGAUAAAGCAGUUUACAGAAAA